AUGGACCUCAGAGCACGGAGAGAUCUGUUCCAGAUUCAGGCCACCCAGAUUUGGCUUAUGUGCUACACACAUCUGGAACAACAGGUCCUCCAAAGACUGUCAGGGAAGCAGAAUGCCUCUCUGCUCGGAUCUCUGUUCCAGAUGAGCAUGAACGAUGUGGUUUUCAUGGCCUCCCCCUUGACUUUCGAUCCUUCCGUGGUGCUGGCUCUGGGUGGAGAGGCCUGUCCUUCUCUAGCUCAGCUGAGGAGCUGGAAACACAAGGACAAUCAGACAUCUAUCUAUAACAUCUACGGCAUCACUGAAGUCUCCUGCUGGGCCUCCUGCUACAGGAUACCAGAACUUCUGCUGCAGUCUGGCACCCUGAUUCCAUCCUCUGUGGCUCUUGGGACUCCCCUAAUGGACAUGGUGAUGGAAGUCAGGGAUGAGGGAGGCUUUGUCAUCACAGAGGGGGAAGGACAGGUGUUCAUAGAUGUCAUCUACACAGUGCGAGAUCCUUCUGGGAACCGGCCCCUCUGCAUCGGAAAGCUUGUUCCCAUCUCCAGGCUCCACAGUCCAGGUGCAGAGGAGGAGGACACUGAAGUUUGGGUUGUGUCCUCAGAGUCCUGCAGCUUCCAGUCCAUCGGAGCAAAAUAUUACAGAGAGGUCUUACCAGGUGAAUUAGUUCAGCUAUCCAGGCAUGGAGUCAAGUCUCUGAGUGUUGUUCCCCGCCCUGAAGGAGACCUGCCUGCUUUCUGCAUCUUUGAAUACGUUUAUUUUGCCAGACCAGACUCCAUUUUUGAAGGACAGAUGGUGUACAGUGUGAGGCAGCGCUGUGGUCGGCAGUUAGCCAUAGAGGCUCCAACAGAUGUGGAUCUGGUCAGCACAGUGCCAGAAUCUGCGACCCCUGCUGCUCUAGGCUACGCUCUGCAGGCUGGCCUCCCAUACAUGGAGGUUCUAUGCAAGAACCGCUAUGUUCGAAGAACAUUUAUUCAACCAAAUACCCGUCUGAGGCAGCUUGUCCACAUCAGGGUGGCGUUUCCGCCUAUCAAGUUCCCCUGCUACAUGGGUAUCAAUAUUCCAACUAAAGAGGAGCGUAUUGCCAACAAGCCAGAGUUUAAAGACAUUGCUGGUUAUAUCGGUGCUGACAGCGUUGAGUAUUUAACCGUGGAGGGACUCUUAUCUGCCGUCCAGGAGGGAAUUGCCUCCUUCAAGGAGAACGAGAAAUUUGGCUCCGGGAAAAACGGAGUAGGCCAUUCCACUGCCUGUCUAACUGGGAAAUAUCCAGUGGAAUGGUAACUGGGACAGCACAAUGGAGGGACUCUGCUCACAACUUUAUACUUACAGUUGAACUUUAGAGCUUUUUUUUCCCGUUAUUGCUGGAUACUGUGAUUACUUUGAACUCACCAAUAACCUUUAUGUAUAAUUGUUUCUUUUGUACGUGUAUACAUCAAAUGUAUUUACAAAAAUGUAUACUUUUCUGUGUAAUCCAAGUAUUUCCAAACAACAUUAAAAUGUCAAGAAACACAAAAGAGUUGAGACCAAAAAAA